AUGUCAUCACUCACCACCCUCAACUCUGCAGACUGGCCAUGUGUCGCGACUGUACUCGCCAGUCGCAGCGCACCAUCAAUCCCGGGGCUCUUCUUCGACCCUGCAUCACGGCUACCGGAGGAAUUCGCGGAGGACGUCAUGUCGACGUGCAUACAAAUGUACUUCCGCUCGCCCGACGUCGACCAAGUCAUGCUGUUCGAACGAUCCGGGGAGCCCACACAGCCAGGCAGCGGUAGCGGCCUACCUCCCAUACUCAGCUCCCUUCUUUCCUCCUUGUCCACUCUACUUCGCCCCCUCCUACCUCCAGAGAAGCACGAGCUUCUCUUCCCCGCCCCACCGACGCCCUACGCGCGCCAAGCCAUUUUGAACCUGUACUGGCCGGGCGACGGCAUUACGCCGCACGUCGACCUCCUCGACCGCUACGGCGACGGUAUCAUCGGUCGCACCGAGGAGAUCGCCUCGGGAGAAGGCGAUGGGUGCGGUGUGUACCUCCCGCCCGGAAGCGCGAUUGUCAUGACGGAGGAGGCGCGGUAUGGAUGGACGCACGGGAUCGAGAAGUGUAUGGAAGAUCUGGUCGAGUCCGAGGAUGGAAAGGGCCCAUCUGUUGUGCUUUCUCGAGAUGUCAGGCUGAGUGUUACGUUUCGGUGGCUACUACCUGGAGCGGAUGUUGUUGGUGAGCCGGACGUUCACGACCCUGGACCAGAUGCGGGAAUCCGGUCGUAG